UAUCGGUUAGUAUAACAAAACCGCAAAAUAAUUUCUGUUGUAUGCGUUGUGUUGCUGACCGCAGCAAAUCGAAACAAUUUAUAAAUACUCAAGCCAAAACAUCUGAUUAACAAACAAAUACUCUUUAUCUAAAAGUAGCUUGUGCAAGAAAACAUUUCAAAAUGAUGAAUGAGGCUGCUGCACUGGCCAAUAUGAUACCCUACGACACAAUUGGACUCUACGAACAGCCCAAGCCCCGUUUCAUCUUCAAGAUGCCACGGGUGGUGCCCGACCAGAAGUCUAAGUUUGAAAGUGAUGAACUCUUUCGGCGUCUGAGUCGCGAGAGCGAAAUCCGUUAUACGGGCUAUCGGGAGCGCAGUAUUGAGGAGCGUCAGGUGCGCUUCAUGAACGGCUGCCGUGAGGGACACACCGAGACGAGUUUUGUGGCAUCUGGCACCAAUUUGCAGCUGGUGUUCAAUGCCAAUCAGAAUCCAUACUUGCACGACAAGGAGUGCGACUUUGACAAGGAACACGGCAAGGUGCACAUCAAAUCCUAUUUCAUAAUGAACGGUGUCUGUGUACGCUUCCGCGGCUGGCUGGAUCUGGAGCGUCUAGAUGGUGUUGGCUGCCUCGAGUUUGACGAACGACGUGCAAUGCACGAGGAUGCGAUAUUGCGUGACCAAAUUGAUCGCUACAAUCAACGGCUGCGUGAAUUCGAAGAUACUAAGCGCGCUUACCGCGACAAUCGCCAGGAUGAGAUGGAGGCAGUACGUCGGGGCGUUGCAUCCGGUGGCAUUGGAGUGGGCGCCAGUAUGUGGCGGCGUUAGUUGGACUUUUGGACGGCAACAACGCCGUCACAGCAGCAGCAGCUGCAGCAGCAAUCACAGCAGUUGCAGCAGCAGCAGCAACAGCAGCAUGAGACUCAAUACCCAAAUACUCAAUACUUUAUGGAAAACUGAACAGAUGAACAAAUGCUCUAAUCCAAACUUGCCACCAAAUGCGAGAUUUGUAUACGAAUACGGAUACAGACACGGAUACGGAUUCGCUUAUGUUUAGAUUCGCUCGAAUAAAAUGCUCGUAGACUUAGUUUUAGCUUUUAGUAAAUUACUUAACGUAUUCUUGUAUGGUAUUAAACAUAACAUUUUAAUGUACAAUUUUAGUGACGUAUGCUAACUAUAUAUAUACUAAUAUACACAUACAUAUAUAUACAUAUAUUUAAAAUACAUAAUAAAACGUACACAUUAUAAUUCCGGAAAUUUAAAGAUGACGCGUUGAUUCGUCAUUUAUUUAUUAAUAAUUAAUGAAAAUAAUUUAAUCAAAUUUACAUUUUUAAUGGCUGUAGGGUAUACCUUAUAUGUUAUGGAGUUUAGCGUGGAAUAUUCCAGUUAUGAUAUAUAGCAUCAUUUUAUAUAAAAGAUUUUACCUGACCUGA